GGCUUCCGCCGCGGCUCCUCUCCGCGGCUCCUCUUCCCGCGUCUCCUGCGCCUCCCGUUACCGAGGCCGCCCCGCGCCCGCAGGUUUACAGUGUCACCCCGGUCCCCGCCAGCUCCCCAAACUCCCGGCGGAGAGCACCGCCUUCCUCCGCUCCACCGCGCCAUGGCCGCCACCGACGUGUCCACCAACCUCCAGGAGGAGGCCACCUGCGCCAUCUGCCUCGACUACUACACAGACCCGGUGAUGACCGACUGUGGCCACAACUUCUGCCGCGAGUGCAUCCGGCGCUGUUGGGGUCAGCCCGAAGGCCCAUACGCCUGCCCCGAGUGCCGCGAGCUGUCCCCGCAGCGGAACCUGAGGCCCAACCGCGCUGUGGCCAAGAUGGCCGAGAUGGCGCGGCGCCUGCACCCACCGUCGCCCGUCCCGCAGGGCGUGUGCGCUGCGCACCGCGAGCCGCUGGCGUCCUUCUGCGCCGACGAGCUGCGCCUGCUGUGCGCCGCCUGCGAGCGCUCCGGGGAGCACUGGGCGCACCGCGUACGCCCGCUGCAGGACGCAGCCGAGGACCUCAAGGGCAAGCUGGAGAAGUCCCUGAAACACCUGCAGAAGCAGAUGGAGGACGCGCUGCUGUUUCAGGCCCAGGCAAAGGAGACCUGUGCACUGUGGCAGAAGAUGGUGGAGACGCAGCGGCAGAACGUGCGCACAGAGUUUGAGCGGCUGCGCUGCCUGCUGGUGGAAGAAGAGCAGCGGCUGCUGCAGAGGCUGGAGGAGGAGGAGCUGGAGGUGCUGCCGCCUCUGCAGGAGAGCGUUGCCCGCCUUGGGCAGCAGAGCGCCCAGCUGGCUGAUCUUGUUGCCGAGCUGGAGGGGCGCUGCCAGCUGCCGGCGCUAGGGCUGCUGCAGGACAUCAUGGACACCCUGCGCAGGGUCCAGGAUGUGAAGCUGCAGCCGCCCGAGGUGGUGCCCAUGGAGAUGAGGACGGUGUGCAGGGUCCCGGGGCUGGUGCAGGCCCUGCGGAGGUUCCAAGGGGACGUUACGCUGGAUCCUGAUACCGCGAACCCUGAACUGGUCCUGUCGGAGGACAUGCAGAGUGUGCGGCGGGGGGACCAGCGGCAGCCCCUGCCUGACAGCCCCGAACGCUUUGACCCCGGGCCAUGUGUGCUGGGCCGGGAGCCCCUGAGCUCCGGCCGGCACUACUGGGAGGUGGAGGUGGGCGAGCGGGCCAGCUGGGCCCUGGGCGUCUGCAGGGAGAACGCUAACCGCAAGGAGAAAGGCGAGCUCUUUGCGGGCAACGGGUUCUGGAUCCUGGUGUUCCUGGGGGGCUCCUACAACUCCUCUGAGCGGGCCUUUGCCCCCCUGCGAGACCCACCCCGGCGUGUGGGCAUCUUCCUGGACUACGAGGCUGGGCACCUGGCCUUCUACAGCGCCACCGAUGGGUCACUCCUGUAUGCCUUCCCCCAGACGCCUUUCUCAGGGACGCUGCGGGCCCUCUUCUCACCGCUGUCCAGCAGCCCUACCCCCAUGACCAUCUGCCGACCCAAGGGCGGGCAUGGGGACGGGAUGGCUCCCCAGUGAGCGGGCCUCUCGGGACCUUGUCCUGCCGUUGGCUCUCUCCGGGUGUCCUGAGCCAUGUGAGAGUUCCCAGCACCGUCUUGCGUGCACAGUAAAACCUCUCUUAUUCCUGAGAAGCUGUGUGCAAGCAUGUGCAGGGCUGGCGACAUCUUCCAGGGGACCACCUGUGGUCAUCCCGUGUUGCGACUCCGUCACCGAUGCAUCGCUCACAUCCCUCUGCAGAGCCUGAGCCAGGGUCCCAGGAGCUCUGCACGAGUCCGGCUGGUCAGAAGUGAUGCACCAGGGCCUGUGGAACUUUCUGUGAAGCCUGAGCCUUCCGCAGCCCCAGGGCUGCACCCCCAGAGAGCUGCUGGACUGUGAGGCCACAGGCAGAGACGAACCCAACAGCCUCCGAGUCUGGGCCUAGAAAAUAGGACGGCUGCCUCAUCAGUCAGGAUGCAGCAGUCCUCGGGAGAGGAGGGGCAUGGGAAGAGCCGGAGAAAGGGCGCUCUGCGAAAGGUGCUACACAAGGGGGCAGAGGGACCUGGGUCCAGGCCCCUGAGCCCCUCAGCACGGAUCACCCCGGGCUUCUGCAGGCCGCUCCUUCCCGCCGCAGAGCGGAGCACCACCAGCUCAGGAAAGAUGCUCUGGCUCUGCCUGGGGAAGGGGUGAGGCUGCACAGAUCCCCCGACCCUUCCCUUCCCGCCCCAUAGCACCUGGGGUUUGUUGGGCUCGUUCUGGUGCUUCACAAGAAGUCAUGGUGCAGCAUCUCUGCACCCCAGGAAGAUUUUAACCGUUGUAUGGACCACUCUCACAGUAAAUAAACGUUUUGUUGUGAUCCUGCUGCCUUGGGUAGGGGUGGCUGCGGCCGGUGCUCACAGCCUGGUUGGGGAGACAGUGGCUGCCUGUUCAUCCCGUGCAGCUACCACAGAAUUCUUUUUCAAAUAACCUGAUUUACAGUUCUAGAUUCCAUGGUGUUCAGUAGGUAAUUACUCGAUUAUUUGUUUCUUGUUUCUCCCAUUGG